CUAAGGAUAUAUAACAUUAUUAUUGUUUUGGGGUUUAGGGGUUCUGUUGGGAGUGUCAGAAAACAAGGGUUUAAGGAUUCUCCAACACGACUUCACUCUUUGCUUGAUUUUGUUUUCAGAUGGCUUUUAUGUCUGGACUUCAGCGUCUACUUCACCAAUCCCCACUUCUUCAUUCGCACCAUGCUUCCAUUCGUUUAGCCUCAACUCUCACCUCCCCCAAACUUUUCGUCAGCGGUCUCUCUAGAUUGACAACAGAUGAAAAACUUAAGGAAGCAUUUUCUUCAUUCGGGCAGCUGGUGGAAGCUAAGGUGAUAACUGAUAGAGCCUCUGGAAGAUCAAAGGGAUUUGCCUUUGUAACUUAUACAACCAUAGAAGAAGCUGAAAAGGCUAGUGAAGGAAUGAAUGCUAAAUUUUUGGAUGGAUGGGUUAUAUUUGUUGAUCCUGCUAAACCAAGAGAGCCUAGACCUCCUCAGCAAUCACGGCCCCAACCCUCUGAAUCAGGUUUCACUGUUAACAAAACAGUUGGGUGGUUGUUGAGACCUCGGCAAGCGUACCGGAUCGUUCAAGUAAUAAAUCAGUAACUUCUAGUUCAACCAAAGUAAAAGAGAAACUUUGACCUGAACUUGGAGUUGGAAAGAGUUGACCUCGACCUCACAGACCGAAACAAUUCUCAAAAUUUUGAAUUUUUAAAAACUUAAACUAAUAAAAUAAUCACAUACUUGACAAAUAUAUCAAUCCUAUCUAAAAUAAAAACUAAGAUAACAAACUCCUAAGAAAAUUACUCAACUACUUUUAUUUAAUUGUGUGACAUGUAUUCAUUUUUAUUGGCUUUUUAGUCAUUUACUACUUAUAAAAUACCAUAAAUGACUUUAUAUCUAAGUUAAACACCUAUAUAUUUAAGUGAUUAUUUGGACU